AUGAGUAAAGAGUUUCUUGAUCGAUUCCUAAAGAGAAAGUCAACAAACUUUGAUUCUUCAACUUCAAAUAGUAAACCGAGUAAGAUUGAUUUAGAUGAUCUUCCAUGGGAUCCUUCUGAAAGGAAACCGAUUUCAUCUUAUCAUCCUGAUCAAAAAGAUGAAGUUAGACGAGCAUAUUUGGCUAAAGGUCCAUGCCAACCAAAAAGCCAUGAUUUUCCGGUAAGAAAUUUGAGUGAUGAAGAUAGACGAUUUAGUGUGAAAUGGUUUGAAUCAUAUCCAACUUGGUUGGAAUAUAGUGAAAAAACGGAUCGAGUCUAUUGCUUGUUUUGUUACUUAUUCAAGGAACCUGGUCAAAAAGAAACAUUUGUUAGUGAGGGCUAUUAUUAUUGGAACAAAAAAGACAGACUUAAAACACAUGUUGGUGAUAACAAUAGUUUCCACAACAAGGCCGUUAAAAAGUGUGAAGAUUUACUUAGACAAGAUCGAUCAAUACAAUUUUCAUAUGAAAAGUAUACUGAUAAGCAAAAAAGUGAGUAUAGGAUCCGAUUACAUUCUACCAUCAUCGUUUCCAAAGCUUUACUUAAUGGUUCAUUACCUUUUCGUGGCCACGACGAGUCCGAAAAAUCCUUGUAUAAAGGACAUUUCCUAGAGUUGCUAAAAUUAUUGGGGGAGGUGAAUGAAUCGAUUCGUAAAGUUAUAUUAGAAAACGCUCCGAAGAAUAGCCAAAUGACGUCUCCACAAAUCCAAAAAGAAGUAAUUAAUUGUUUUGCCCAAGAAGUUCUAAAACAGAUAUUUGAAGAACUUGACGAUGAUGUAUUCUCUAUAUUAGUCGACGAGUCGAGGGAUUGUUCUAAAAAGGAACAAAUGGCAGUGGUGUUGAGGUAUGUGGAUAAAUUGGGAGUUGUUAAAGAGCGAUUUGUUGGCCUUGUUCAUGUCAAAGAAACAACUUCAUUAUCUCUUAAAUAUGCUAUUGAUGAGUUAUUUUCUAAAUAUAAUUUGAGUUUAACGAAGGUAAGAGGCCAAGGAUAUGAUGGUGCAAGCAACAUGGCAGGUGAGUUUAAUGGAUUGAAAGCUUUAAUUUUGAAAGAAAAUUCUUCGGCUUAUUUCGUACAUUGUUUUGCCCACCAACUUCAACUAGUUGUUGUGGCCCUUGCAAACAAGCAUGAUGAUAUUUGGAAAUUUUUUGAAGAGGUGUCGAAUUUGACAAAUGUGGUUUGUGCAUCUUGCAAACGAAUAGAUAUGAUUCGAGAAAGUCAAAAAGAUAAACUAAAAGAAGCAAUAGGUCGUGAAGAAGUUGAAACUGGAAGUGGUUUAAAUCAAGAACUUUCCCUUGCAAGAGCUGGAGAUACACGAUGGAGUUCGCAUUAUAAAACACUGGUGCGUUUAGUUCAACUAUACCCAACAAUUAUUGAAGUGCUUGAAUAUAUUCGAAGUUCCGGUCAAAUUAAUGUUCAACAAAGACAAGCUAAUGGAAUUUGGAAAUACAUGAAGUCAUAUGAUUUUGCAUAUUAUCUACAUUUGAUGAAGCACGUCUUAGGGGUGACUAAUACAUUGUCUCAAGCUCUUCAAAGAAAGGAUCAAGAUAUAGUGAAUGCAGUUGAGAUGGUUAAUGCAACAAAACAACAAUUACAAACGUUUAGACUCGAAGGAUUUGAUUCACUUGUGAAAGAUGUGGCAUCAUUCUGUGAUAAAAAUGAAAUUGAAAUGGUCGACAUGGAUGCCGAAUACAUUGACCCAAAAUAUAGAAGGAGAAAGACUAACAUCACUAAUCGUCAUUUUUAUGAGGUUGAAAAUUUCAACACGGUGUUAGAUAUGCAAAUUCAAGAGAUUGGCAACCGUUUUAGUGAGAUAUUAAGGUUGGCCGAGAUGUAUCCGCAUGAUUUUAAUUAUGAAGAAAGAGAUUAUCUUAUGAAUGAGCUCGAUAUCUACAUUAAUAACAUAAGAGGCGAUAAAAGGUUUGCCAACGUGAAAGAUAUAUCUAACCUUGCAACAAUGAUGGUGGAAACAAAUAAACAUGUUGGAUAUCCAUUGGUCUAUCGUUUAUUGAAAUUAUCAUUAGUUCUACCGGUUGCAACGACAAGUGUGGAAAGAUGUUUUUCUGCUAUGAAGCAUGUGAAGACGGAUUUACGAAAUCGGAUGGGUGAUGAGUAUUUGACAGAUGCUUGCAUUUGUUAUAUUGAAAAAGAGUUCUUUGCGAAAGUUGCGAUUGAAGACGUUAUGAAUCGUUUUCAAAACAUGAAAACACGUAGGGAGCAACUAUGA